UGUCGUGUUGCCUUCAAGUUCAAGCUCGUCAAUGGAGACCAUGACGGUGCCUUCGCUGGGUUCAUCGAGAUCCCCAAUUUGCCCACAGUGUCUGCCCAAAAUUUUAUCUCUGCCACUCCUCUCUUUCUCCCACUCCCUUAGGCCAUUCCCUUCCAAUUCGAAACCCUUGGUGUCGCUCCACAAGAGAGGUAACCACCAAUCUGUGCCUUUGACGGUGAAAUUGCAAGCUUUGGAUUUCUCGGGUUCGUUCUUUGAAGGCGGGUUCGGGUCCGACGAUGACCCGGCUUCGCCUUCCGGGUCGGGUGUCGGAACGGCCCUCGAGGACAAGCCCGAACCCCAGUGCCCACCGGGGCUCAGGCAGUACGAAACGAUGGCAGUCCUGAGACCCGACAUGUCCGAAGAUGAACGGCUUGGUCUUACCCAGAAGUACGAGGAGUUGCUAGUGGCUGGUGGGGGAAUGUAUGUAGAAGUGUUCAACAGAGGAGUGAUUCCGUUGGCAUACAGCAUCAGGAAGAAGAACAAGGCCGGAGAAACUAACACUUACUUGGACGGAAUAUACCUCCUCUUCACUUACUUCACCAAACCCGAGUCCAUAGUUCCACUGGAGGCAGCCCUCAAUGCAGAUGACGAUGUUAUCCGCUCCUCCAGUUUCAAGAUCAGGAAGAGGAAGUACUGAUAUUUAUCCAAAAAUUUCACCAAAUACCUGUUUCUGUGGCUUUUGUCUCUUUGAGGAACUGAGUUAACCUCUCUCUGGAUCUUGGUCUUGCUGUGUAUUGUCAUCGUGUUUGUAUGUUCCAUGGGUUUCACUCUGUUUUUCAUGUGAUAGAGAGAAAUGAGGAAAUAUCUUUUGAGUGCA